AUGACCGAAGAAAAAUUUCAUAGUUAUGGUUUAAAAGGUGGCCCUGCCAUGAGAUUCGCAAGACCCUCAAAGAAAAGCCGAAGCGUGCGUUCUCCUUAUGAACUUAAGAAAAAGCGGACGUGGCAUUCGACUAUGAGUAUGAAUAUGUAUAUGGCAUUGUCACAACAGUCCGAGGAUAUUAGUUCACUUAAAGAAGAAAAUCCAGACUUAUGGCUAAGAUUAUCGGGCUUGAGGCAAGGAACGCCAAGCUUGAAGCUGAGGACCAAAUUCAGAAGUAGAAUCGAGGAGUUGGAGAAGAGUAGGUCAGAUAUUGCUGGCGAGAAUGCUAAACGUGAUGAUGCAAUUGCAGAGCUUAAGGCUGAAGAAGUUAACAAUGUACCUAACCUUUCUGUAGAUCAUCCUAAUAACGCCAGCCCUUUACUUUGCGAAGAAGAUAGAAAGACUGAUGAAUUCUUAUACUCAGUGCAGAAGAAAAGUGUUAGUGAUGGGAUAAGGCGAAGAAAGCUUCAAAAACAAGACUUAACUUCAGAUGAUAAAAGAUCUUUACAGAAGAAAAAUCAGAGGGAAAAAUUUAUUCAGGAAGUGUCUGGAAUCCCUUCUGAUUUGUCAGAUUUUGCACGUUUAUAUGAAAAACUUCGCAAUGCUGAGGACUUUGCUGAUCGUGCAGUCCAAGAAGCUAUUAUAUGUUACUGUCAAUUUGGGAAAGCUCUUAUCCAGAGACGAGAUACUUCUGAUGCACUUUUAUGGAAGAGAAUCGAACAGGCUAAGAAACUCUGGAAGCUCUUUGACGCAAUAGAUAACAUGCCAGUUGACUACAGCAUUAAAAUAGAAUCGUCCGACUGUGCUUGGCCGAAAGAUGGUUUACUAAGUGAUGAAAAAAAAUCUGAAUUGUCACAUCCUGAUCUCAGUUCAGGAAGUGAUAAGAAAAAUUCUGAGUUGUCACAUACUAAUACUUCUCAUAUAGAACAGGCACCUAAUGCAUCUUCAAAGUCUGGAGUAAAUAUUUCACCUGCAUCUCGAUCACCAAUUCCUAGGACUAAUCAAACUUAUGAUCGUACUUAUUUUUGUAACAAGACAUUGGAUCAAUAUCCUAAUAAUUUAUAUAGAGAAUUUAGUAGCGAAAAUUUUGAUUAUUAUGGAGUACUAACAAGACAUCAUGCCCAUUAUGCAGUUAAAGCAUGA